AUGACUUCUGCCACCGCAGCCCCCCUCGCCCACCUCGAGGCCCACUCGCUCUUCUCCGUCGACGGCCUCGUCGUCGUCAUCACGGGCGGAUCAGCCGGCCUCGGCCUCUACUCGGCCCACACCCUCGCACACAACGGCGCCACCGUCUACAUCCUCGGCCGCGACCCAAACCGCCUCGACGACGUCGUCUCGGCCUUUCCCAAGCUCGCCUCGGGCCGCACCGGAGCACCCCGCGGCCGCAUCGAGGGCGUGCAGGCAGACACAACCGACAAGCAGAGCCUCGCAGACGCCGUCGCCGCCAUCCGCCAAAAGCAGCCCGCGGGCAUCGACGCCCUCAUCUGCAACGCCGGCAUCGGCGGUCGCUUCCUCCAGUCCUACGGCACCGACAGCGUCUCGACCGACCCCUCGCGCUUCGACGACAUGCUCGCCGAGCUCUCGUCGUUUUCCUUCCAAGAGGCCCAGCGCGUCCUCGACGUAAACAUCCUCGGCACCUACUUUACCGCCCUCGCCUUCCUCCCGCUCCUCAAGAAGCGCGCAGACGCCUACCUCGACCAGGCUGCGGGUAACCGGGGCGCCGUCGCCUACUCGCCCCAGGUCAUCCUCACCAGCUCCAACGCCGCGUGGGCAAAGACGCCCAUCCUCAACCCCAUCUACAACAUCUCAAAGACGGCCUGCUCCCACCUCGCAAAGAUGCUCAGCACCUUGCUCGCAGAGACCAACAUAAGAGUCAACACGCUCGAGCCGGGCCUGUACCCGUCGGACCUCACAUCAAACGAGGCAAAGGACCCCGUCACGGGCCACAGCACCCUCUCGCACACCAACGGCGCCGACAUCCCGGCGGGCCGGUGUGGACGCCCCGCCGAGCACGGCGCCACCGUCCUCUACCUCGUCUCGCGCGCCGCCCUCUUUGCCAACGGCGCCACCCUCCGCAUCGACGGCGGCGCCCUCAACAGGAUCCCCGGCGCCGACUGA